AUGAACGGGGCUGCAUUGGUUGCUAUUGCUGCCACUGUUGGCAACUUUCUGCAGGGUUGGGAUAAUGCAACUAUUGCAGGAGCUGUUAUUUACAUAAAAAAGGAGCUUGAUUUGGAAGCUACUGUAGAAGGGCUUGUCGUGGCGAUGUCACUUAUUGGAGCCACGCUUAUCACAACUUGCUCAGGAACAAUAUCUGACUGGAUUGGUCGAUGUCCAAUGCUUAUCCUUUCAUCCGUGUUUUAUUUUCUCAGUGGUUUGAUAAUGUUAUGGUCGCCUAAUGUGUACGUACUACUUCUAGCAAGGCUCUUAGAUGGGUUCGGUAUUGGAUUGGCUGUUACUCUAGUGCCACUGUAUAUAUCUGAGACUGCCCCAUCAGAUAUUCGAGGCUUGUUAAAUACUCUUCCUCAGUUCACUGGCACUGGCGGAAUGUUUUUGGCAUACUUGCUAUAUUUGCCUGAAUCUCCUAGAUGGCUUGUAAGCGAAGGAAGGAUGCUUGAGGCAAAAACAGUUCUGCAGAAACUGCGUGGCAAGAAAGAUGUUUCUGCUGAGAUGGCUUUACUGUUUGAAGGUCUGGCUGUUGGUGGUGAGACAUCCAUAGAAGAGUACAUCAUCGGUCCGGCAGUUGAACUUGAUGACGAUCAGGAACCAUCCACUGAUAAAGACCAUAUCAAGUUUUAUGGACCUGAGGAGGGUCUCUCAUGGGUUGCCAAACCAGUCACAGGACAGAGUCGUCUGGCCCCUGUCUCCUGGCAAGGAAGCAUGGUAAAUCAGAGUGCGCCUCUUAUGGAUCCUCUUGUAACGUUAUUUGGCAGUGUACAUGAGAGACUACCCGAAAUGGGAAGCAUGCGAAGCAUGCUAUUCCCUAAUUUCGGCAGCAUGAUCAGUACGGCAGAACCUCAUGCUAAGAAUGAGGAGUGGGACGAAGAAAGUUUGCAGAGAGAAGGUGAGGAUUACACAUCGGAGGAUGGUGCAGACUCAGACGACAGUUUGCAGAGCCCAUUAAUCUCACGUCAAAAUACAAGUAUGGAGAAAGACAUGAUCCCACCUGAAUCCCAUGGAAGCAUUCAAAACAUGAGACGCCAUAGUACUCUUAUUAAUGCAGAAGAAGCAGUCAGUAGCAUGGGAAUUGGUGGUGGUUGGCAGUUAGCAUGGAAAUGGUCCGGGAGAGAAGUUGAAGAUGGAAAGAAGGAAGGAGGAUUUAAAAGGAUUUAUCUGCAUCAGGAGGAGGGGCUGAGGUCUAGACGUGGAUCUCUUGUAUCACUUUCAGGUGGUAAUAUUCCAGUAGAUGGGGAGUACAUCCAGGAAGCGGCUCUCAUAAGCCAGCCUGCUUUUUAUUCAGAGAAGCUUAUGGAUCAGCAUCCAGUUGGACCAGCAACGAUGCAUCCAUCUGAAACUGCUUCAAAAGGGCCUAAUUGGACUGCUCUUGUUGAACCAGGAGUUAAAAGUGCCUUAAUUGUUGGAAUUGGGAUCCAAAUACUGCAGCAGUUUUCUGGUAUCAAUGGAGUUUUGUACUACACUCAAAUUCUUCAGCAGGCAGGUGUUAGUGUUCUUCUUUCGAACCUUGGAGUUGGAUCAGAAUCUGUAUCUUUCCUCAUUAGUGCAUUCACAAACUUUUUGAUGCUUCCUUGUAUAGCUGUUGCUAUGAGGUUAAUGGAUGUAGCCAGCCGAAGGUCCUUCCUGCUCACGACUAUUCCGGUACUGGUCGUAUCACUCAUCGUACUGGUCAUUGGCAAUGUUGUUAACUUGGGCACUAUAGCUCAUGCUGUGAUCUCAACUGUCUGUGUUGUGAUAUAUUUCUGCUGUUUCCUCAUGGGCUACGGACCUAUCCCAAAUAUCCUCUGCUCUGAAAUCUUUCCGACUCGGGUUCGUGGAAUCUGCAUUGCCAUAUGCGCCCUUGUUUUUUGGAUCUGUGACGUAAUUGUUACUUACACACUGCCCGUGAUGCUUAGCUCUAUUGGAUUAGCAGGUGUUUUUGGAAUUUACGCUGUUGUUUGCAUCUUUUCGUGGAUUUUCAUCUACUUGACGGUUCCAGAAACCAAGGGCAUGCCCCUGGAAGUUACAACUGAAUUCUUUGCUGUUGGAGCUAAAAAUGCUGCUGUAAAAUCUGAGUGA